AUGCCUGACAAGAUUCUGCAAAAUAAAUUUAAUGUGCCAAUUCAAAUGACAGAUUUAUCAAUAUUUGACGAUGCAGUUUCCACUAUGAAGGAACGAUUUGUAGCUAAAAUUAAACGUUUAGAUGCUGAGAUAACUAAAUUUAGCUCAGACCUAAUGCAUAUUUAUGGACAAGCAUCUACGAUGCAAACAGGAGUGACAUCGUCUAAAAGAGACACCCCGCAAACCAGCUGGGAUAACAUCACCAGUUCACCUCUCGUAGAAGGAGACGAGGACAAUAAAUCCUUAAAACUCCAAUUCGACGUAAGCCAAUUUGAUCCUAAUGAGGUAACAGUGAUAGUCCUAAACGACACCCUGGUAGUCUCAGCCACGCAUGAAGAGAAAACCAAUAAUUCCAUGGUCUUUAGAGAGUACAAACGAGAGUUCCUGCUGCCUAAAGGAAUAGAUCCACAAGCCAUAGUGUCUUGUCUGUCCAAGGAUGGAGUACUUACUGUACAGGCUUCGUUACCAUGCCAGGCCUAG